AUGAAAUCAAACCUCCUCCAUCUCAUAUUCUUCACAUGCCUGACGACUACUGUCGCAGCUCUUUCAGCCGCAAGUUGGAGAGCCCAGUCCAUCUAUCAAAUUCUCACGGAUCGCUUUGCUCGCACCGAUGGCUCAACCACCGCGCCGUGUAAUGUGAAUGAAUAUUGUGGGGGGACGUGGCGGGGGAUCAUCAAUCAUUUGGAUUAUAUUCAACAGAUGGGAUUUACGGCUAUUUGGAUUUCUCCGAUUGUGCAGAAUAUUGUGGGGGAUAGUGUGGAUGGUUCGAGCUAUCAUGGAUAUUGGGCGCAGAAUAUUUACCAGGUCAAUCCUAAUUUUGGUACAUCUGCGGAUCUCAAAGCAUUAUCGACUGCGCUUCAUGCUAGAGGAAUGUAUCUAAUGGUCGACAUCGUCACAAACCACAUGGGAUAUCUCGGAUGUGGAAAGUGUGUAGAUUAUAGUAUCUACACUCCUUUCAACUCGCAAUCAUACUACCAUCCCUUCUGCAUAAUCGACUAUAGCAACACAACUAGCAUUCAAGUUUGUUGGGAAGGCGACAACAUUGUAUCUCUUCCCGAUCUGAGAACUGAAAAUACUAAUGUUCAAACGAUAUGGAAUACGUGGAUUACAGAACUGGUGGCCAAUUAUUCAAUUGAUGGCUUGAGAGUCGAUAGCGCCCAACAAACUGGUGUGAAUUUCUUUCCGAGCUUUCAAGAUGCUGCCGGCGUCUAUGUCAUUGGAGAAAUCUACAACGGUGAUCCUACUUACGUAUGCCCAUUUCAAAACUACAUGAACGGAGUUCUCAACUAUCCCACAUAUUACUGGAUCACUCAAGCCUUCCAAUCCACAAACGGUAGUAUAUCCAACCUAGUAAAUGGAAUUAAUACCAUGAAAAGUACAUGUUCAGAUACGACACUCCUGGGUUCCUUUCUAGAAAAUCAUGAUGUAGCAAGAUUUCCUUCAUAUACGUCUGAUCUGACGUUAGCGAAGAACGCAAUCGCAUUUACUAUUCUCGCAGACGGUAUUCCCAUCAUCUACCAAGGCCAAGAACACCACCUAGCCAGCUCCUCCGUCCCCUCCAACCGCGAAGCCCUCUGGCUCCUCUCCAGCCCCUACUCCCCCACCACCCCCCCCCUCUCCAUCCACAUCGCCUCCCUCAACCAAAUCCGCAACCAAGCUAUCUACAUCGACCCCACGUAUGUCACCUACAAAGCCUAUCCCAUCUAUAGCAACGCGCAUACAAUCGUUAUGCGCAAGGGGUACGCGGGCAAACAGAUUAUUGGGAUUUUUUCCAACAAGGGGAGUGCGGCGGGGAAUUAUACGGUGGCGUUGACGGGGGCGCAGACGGGGUUUGCGGGAGGGGUACAGGUGGUGGAGGUGCUGGCGUGUGAGACGAUGGUUACGGAUGGAGGUGGGGGGUUGGGGGUUGUGGUUAGGGGGGGUCUGCCGAGGGUUUAUUAUGGGAGGGCGGGGUUGGUGGGGAGUGGGGUUUGUGGGUUGUAG